CCCAUUUUUUCAAGUAAGUUUGAAAAUAAACGUUUUCCCAUUUCUCGCUUCCCCCAACGGUUGUGCAUUUGUGGCACCCGCAAGUUUUGAUCCGAUGCAACCCAAUCUACCGUCCCAUGAUUUUCUUCUUUUGUUUCUCUAUUCGUUGAAACCCUGACCACGAGCAAGCUUGACGUCGCCCGUAGAUAGAUGAUCGGAGGAGUGAGACUGGAGCCCGGAAGAGCAGUGGACGUCGUUCUUCGUCGGCAAGCGGAGCUGUGUGGGUUGAUAGCAUUUUGGGUUGAAACAUGGAGUUUAAAGUACAUUGAGAAUAGAUAUAAUUACCUUACCCAAAAAAAGAGAAUAGAUAUAAAUAUAAGGGAUAAAUAUGGUGGAUCAGAGAAUUGGAUAAUUAGAGAUCAGAGAAUGUGGUAGAUCAAAGGAGGAUAAUUAGAGAUUAGCAAGCGUGGAUCCUGUAGCGGCCCAUUUGGCCAUUUACCAGUUUCGUGCAGCUCGGAAGUUGUUUACCUAUUACCAGUCGGCUCAACGCAUUUUUUGACUGCCUGCGGCUGAUAAGUGCAAACCCUGCGCAUGAUAUGCUGAAAUUGCCCGAGUAAAUCCUUCACCUUGGAGUUUUACGACGGUUAAAACCCUCGAGGAGGAAACUCGCAAAAAAUUCUAACCAUGGUUGGGAUCGGAGAGCCCUGCAAGCUCAGGAGUUAGGUCAAAUGACUGAAAUCAGUUCAAUUGGCAUUUGUAAUCGUAUUGGCAACGAAUUCGCUCAGUGAGAAUAUUGGGUUUUUAUGGGGAAAGGAGGUGGCUGCGUGCCGAGCAAAAAGCGAUUGCCGUUAGUUUCUUCCGGUAAUCCUCCACAAACGGCAAGGGAGGCGCCAUUACCUACUGAAGACAGGAGCCCGACUACUGAUGCCACUGUUUCAGUUGAAGAUACGGCGUCGCUGCCGCUCCAUAAGUUGAAGAUAUUCAUUGUGUUCUAUUCUAUGUAUGGACAUGUAGAGAAGUUGGCAAGACGGAUGAAGAAAGGUGUGGAUGGGAUUGAAGGUGUCGAAGGGGUUCUGUUUCGUGUUCCGGAGACAUUGCCGGAUGAGGUUCUGGUGCAGAUGAAGGUUACUCCUAAAGAUGUAGACGUUCCGGUGAUAUCUGCCGCGGAGCUAGUAAUGGCUGAUGGGGUUUUGUUCGGAUUUCCUACAAGGUAUGGAUGCAUGGCAGCACAAAUGAAGGCUUUCUUUGAUUCUACAGAGCAAUUGUGGAAGGAGCAGAAGCUCGCCGGGAAGCCAGCUGGGUUCUUUGUGAGCACCGGUACGCAAGGAGGAGGUCAAGAAACCACUGCGUUGGGAGGUCCAAAUUUAUUCAAUGCUUUACUUGGGUGGGAGGCAAGCAUCAUCUGGGAUUUUCUUCAUAGCUUGCUCUAUGUUUUUGGCCUUGCUAGCUUAACAAGUCUUUUUACCUUUUUUUCUGUCUUUUUCUUGGUAAUGAAAUUUCUCAUUAUCUAUGUGUAUACCUUUUUUUUUUAUCAAUAUGUAUGUGUAUACCUCUAUGACAACAUCAACUAACUUGUAAGAUUGACUGGUUUCUCUCUUCAGAUUUCUAUACCAAAACCACACAAUUAAGUCCUAAACCUUCUUUUCUAAGUUGGUUAUUUAAUGUGUUUUUUGUAAUUAAAAAUAAUUUAUCUUUUCAUUUGUUCCUUUUGAGCAGAACUUUCAAUAUCAAGAUGGGGGUACAGUUAAUCUUAUUUUUAUGAGAAGAGGUCAUCAAUCUAGAUUCAAAUUGUUUGUUUUUUUUUUCUGGUUUUUUUCUUUUAUAUUUUAAAGUCAGCUAUAAUGAAACUGGCAAUACAAGCUGCUUUGUUUUCCAAAUACAUGCUGCAGAAUUUAAUACAACUUCCUGUCUGUCUUCAUUUUUCAUCUUCUCAUAGAUCUUGUAAAUAACAAGCGACUUAGCUGGAUAUUUUUUUUUUUUUUUUUUUGCAUGUGAAGUAUAUUUUUGUAUUUGUUUUUUUUUACAAGAUGGAAAAUAUCAACCAACCUUACAAGUCAGUUGAUACAUAUAUAGAACAAGCUCUUAAAAAAAGCCUAGAUGAAACUUGCUUCCUACCCAAUAGAGCAUUGAAUAAUUUUGGACCUCGCAACUUGCAUCCCAAUUAUCAAAAGACUUGCAGGACUUCCCAUCCAAAAUAUACUUUUGUUAAUUUCAUAAUUCUUUCAGUUUGACAGUCUCUUGCAAUUAGAGAGAUAGAAUUGUCUGGUGGAGUUUUGAAUUCACUGCAAUUAGUCAAUGACCUGCUAGUGUCCUUUGUUUUGCAACUUAUU